UCUAAACGAAACAAUUUCCUAAAGAAACGUCGAGUAUUUAUUUUCAAUCUCAAAUAACUCAAUAAUAUCUGUGAUAAAAAUAUAUAAGUAGUGAUUAAUUAUCAUCUGACUUUCUUCGUCUCUACUCAUUUUAUCAAAAAAUAUUUGAAGAGGAAAAUUUUCUUGAAGCUUAAGUACCAAUGGAUAUUCUUCGAGUGUUUGGGGUAUUCAAGGUGAAAGUUAAGACCGAGUUAACAUUAUAAAGCAGAGAUUAAACAAUGGAUUAUAAUGAAUAAUGUGUUGUGUGUUACAGAUGAUCCUUCCAAGUCUGUGAUCCGUUUGACAGAAUAACCAGCGAUUGCAACAAAGACACUAGUGUUGUACUGAUAUAUAUAUAUAUAUUAAUAAUAAUAAUAAUAAUAAUAAUAAUAAUAAUAAAAUUCAUAAUGACGCAACAAAGUGGUGCUGGUUCGCCUCAGCAGUUUUGCCUGCGAUGGAAUAAUUAUCAAACAAAUUUGACAAAUGUCUUUGAUCAAUUGCUGCAAAGUGAGAGCUUCGUUGACGUGACACUAGCAUGUGAUGGACAUUCCGUAAAAGCUCACAAAAUGGUAUUAUCUGCUUGCAGUCCAUAUUUCCAAGCAUUAUUUUUUGAAAAUCCAUGUCAUCAUCCAAUUGUUAUUAUGAAAGACAUUAAGUGGCCGGAAUUAAAAGCAGCUGUUGAAUUUAUGUAUAAAGGAGAGAUAAAUGUAUCGCAAGAACAAAUAGGACCUUUGCUUAAAGUUGCCGAGUGUUUGAAAAUACGUGGAUUAGCGGAUGUCAAUAAUGAACAUGAAUUGGUGUCCAAACCGAUGCACAGUAGUCUUCAACAGCAACAACAGCAGCAACAGCAACAGCAGCAGCAGCAGCAACAGCAAGCGCUGCAACAGCAAUUGCAAUCGGAGCCGGCAUUGUCACCGGCCAGUUCAAUUCACAAUCAUAAUCAUAACAACCGUAAAAAACGACGCAGAGUAUCAAGUGAACGAUCACCAGCGAGUGUUAAUGACAGUCCUGAUCAUCAUAGUUUGUGUAUGACUGAAGACAAUGACCACUCGUCAGUAAUGUCGGAAGUGCAAAAUCUGGUGGCGUCAUCGACACCUCGGUCAUUGAGUUCGCCUAGUAUGCCAAGUAUUUCAGUGACACCGCAGAUAAAUUUACAAGAUCUUCCAGUGUCACUGGCAUUGCCACCGCCAGUAUCGGUCAGCCAAAGCCCUCACCCUACAAUAUCCCACCACGUGCCAGUCCACGUGACACCCACUGGCCACCCGUCCGUCAACCACCUCGGUGCUCACCACGUGGCUCAGCUGUCGGUACACCAGCAACAGGCACAACAGGCCCAUCAGCAAGCACAUCAGCAUCAACAGACACUUAGUAGUCAGUCUAAUCUUAUUGAUGACCUCGAGAUCAAACCUGGCAUUGCUGAGAUGAUUCGCGAGGAGGAAAGGGCCAAGUUGUUGGAAUCAUCCCACGCUUGGCUCGGUGCCUCCACCUCCAAUAUAUCAGCAGAUAGCUAUCAGUAUCAACUGCAGUCACUGUGGCAAAAAUGUUGGAACACAAAUUCUGGAUUGGUGCAUAACUUGCGCUUUCGUGAACGUGGACCACUAAAAUCAUGGAGGCCGGAAACUAUGGCUGAGGCGAUUUUCAGUGUUUUGAAAGAAGGAUUAUCGUUAAGUCAAGCUGCUAGAAAAUACGAUAUUCCAUAUCCAACAUUCGUUCUUUAUGCAAAUCGAGUGCAUAAUAUGCUUGGGCCAAGUUCCGAUGGUAGUGCUGAUCUCCGACCGAAAGGAAGGGGACGACCUCAGAGGAUUCUUUUGGGUGUAUGGCCGGACGAGCAUAUCCGGGGUGUGAUUAGAGCGGUGGUAUUUCGCGACGGAAAUAUCGUGAAAGAGGAACCGACCCCGUUAUAUCCAAGUCUAGCGAAUUAUGCGUGCAAUGGACCAGAGGGCGCGGUAAGCCCUAGUGCUGCUGCGGCCGCUGCGGUUGCCGCGGUCGCCCAAGGUCUCCGACACCAAAUGUGCAGUAUGGUAGCGGCGGCCCAAUCCCACCCCCACGAUAUGGUAGCAACAAAUCUCUCGGCAAACUUCCAAGCGGCUGUGCAAGUCAGUCAGCAUCAUAUGAAUAAUAACAGCGGAUCAAGUAACAAUAACAGAAAUUCCCCAUUGAUGCUCGGACUGCCAAGCCCUGGCUCGGGUGGACCACCAGAGAGUCCGAUGGAAGGCAGCCCACUGGCGAGUCCCCUCGCGCCGCUAAUGGACCCCGCACACAUACCGAGUAGUGUUGAAGUCGGAAUCGGUAUCGGUGGACUAGGAGGUCUAAGUGGACUAGGUGCAAUAAGUGGAAUGCAUUAUAAGCCACAACGUAGUUACAUAAGCCCACGACCUGAUAAUAUCUUCCAAGAAGACAUCGCCGACUUGGUUAAAAGUCAGCAUGGACACAAAGACAAAGACAAAGUACCGGUAAAACUAGAACCGCUAACUGACUCUCGUAGUGAACAGUAAUCUUAAUUAAAUGAUUAUUAUUAUUAUUAUUAAUUAAUUAAUUAAUUAAUUAAUCAGGCAAUAAAACUUUUAUGGUUUUUUGCUCUUAAUGAUUCCAUCAAUCUCGACGACUCAAUGAUUAAUAUAAGAGUGAGACUGCUUGGUUUUAAAAUUAACAUGUAAUUUUUAAUUAAAAAAAAAAAUGUUAAUGCUGUGAGUGAAGUUACACAAGAAGACAAAUGGUGAUAAACUCAUUAUUUAAAACGGGCCUUGAUUAAGAAAAUUUUAAAAAUAAAAAUAAUAAUAACAAUAAAGAAAGUGUAUAAUCAAAAAAGCGAGCGAGCCUUGCAAAGAGUUAUUGUCACGUCCGAGUGUUGAAAACUUUUUACGUAUCUCGAAAAAAAAGAAAUUUUUUUUCUGAUUAAGAGAUGGUGUAAAAUAUAAACAAUUAUUAUUAUAAUUAUAUAUAGAUAUUAAUUAAUUAAUUGAA